CACCUCAUCCAGCUGUGCACCUGUCUCGCCACCCUCGACCACCCUUUUCCUGACCAUCUACACUACAGGCAGGCAGGUGUGAUGCUUUUGCCAAGAGGCAACCAACCAUCGGCUGCAAGGAACAGCGCGUGAGAGCAAAGGGUAUGGUCGUGGCCGCUGGCAGUGGUGGCGCUAGUCGCCCGACGAAUGCGCCUUCGUGCCCGCUCUGCCCCGGCGGCAGCGUGGGAGGGGCGGUGUUGAUGGUGGUCCCGCUGCUGGUGUGCAUUGCGCUGCUUGCGGGAUGCCUGUCCGUGUCGUCGCUUUGGCGCCGCAACAAGCGACAGCGCCACGCGCCACAAUACGCGUCCACGUGCGCCAGUGGGAGAGCAAAGCCAAACAAGCGUGCAGCUCCGAGGGUGCAGCCAGACCUUCGCUUGCCACACCAACAGCAGCAGCCACAGCACCCACAACCUGCAAAACGCGUCAACAACAUCACCCCGCUCUUGCCAAUGCCGACGCUGACCCGGCAAUCCUCCAGCAGCACCGCUUUGCUGCCGCCUUCUCCGUCGGUUGCAGCUGCAGCAGAGGACACACCGUACACCACCACGCCCACCACGAAGACGCCGAUGACCUACGAGUCGACCGCAGCAAGCAGCGCCCGCCCCUGGCACACACAACAACAGCAAAGAGAAAGGCAGUCGCUGACGGUACGGACGGCAGGAGUGGCAGCUUCAUCGCCGCCGCCCGCGGGGAUCAGUGCUUGGGGCCAGAUACCAGCAGGCUAUGCACUGGUGCUUGAAGGCCGCCAGCACGACCCCUCUUCACACAACGACAUCACCGCCCACGAGAGCUCGCAGACCAGGCUUGCCCUGGACCACACGACCAACCCAUCGCCCCCGUCACUAGCAGCAGCCGGGCCGAACACAGUCGACUAUGGGCUGGCGAUCCCCACAUCCUCCCACCGUCAAUGGCGACAGGAGCGCGGCGUGUCGCAGCACAUCUACGAAGAACUGGACGUGCCAGGGCACACGGCAAACAUCCUGUACGAACCAUCCACAGCCACCCCAGGGCGGAAUCACUUGCAGCAGCCCCAAUUGCAGCAGUGGGAACAUCGCAACGGGCUGCACGGGCAGCGUCUGCCACUGCCGCAGCCGACAGCAGCAGAUGGUGGCGAAGCCGAGUAUGAGACGAUACCCCGCACACGCGCGUUCCGAAUCGACACCAGCAACCGUGAUUCAGCUGCAUCCGCUGGCAGUGGCACUUACUACUCUGUCAUUCCCGAAUGACAAGGCCUCGGUGAUGGUGGUGGUGGUGGUGGUGAUUGUGACGUUGUUGUUGUUGGUGUUGAUUGGUUUGAUACCUUCGCUGUG